ACUCAGUCCGGUUGAGGUUAGCGUAGCAUCAUUAGCCAGCUGCCCAUCCCAGGCGAGCUGCAUCAAGCCGCCUAGCGCAGCCUUCCGGUGUCCGGCUAGGAAAAAGCUUGGAUGUGGGACUUUGUAGUUUGUGGUCAGAGGAGACCGGAUGGCGAUCGCUCCUACACAGCUGCAGCUGAGAAACGCCAGGAGCCUUUUACUGUGUAACAAUGGAGCCAUCGGGAAGUACUACGAUAUCUUCACCGAGCAACCACACCCUGAACUCAACAGGUGGCGGUUGUCCCUGGGAGGUCAACGACAAGGCCAGACUGUGCCGUUUCCUCUGCUAUGGCUCGGAGGGAGAUAUAUACACUGCCAGAGAGGAGGGUCAUGUCAGCAUGCAGAGCGCCGGGGCUCUGCUGUGCCUGCUGCAGGAGGGUCGAGGUGCGGAGGUGGUGGAGGAGAUAAAGAGGUUCGCUCAGGAUGGUCGAGCUGUCAGACUCGGCCCCUCCUUUUUUGCCUUGGCUCUGUGCUCCCAGCACUCAGAGCUGAAGACCAGACAGGCGGCGUUCAAGGCCCUCAAGGAAGUUUGUCGGGACCCUGCCCACCUGUUCUCUUUCAUCCAGAACAAGAAGGAAUUGAAAGAGGGCAUGAAGUGCGGGAUCUGGGGACGUGCCCUGAGGAAAGCAGUGUCUGACUGGUACAAUGAGCAAGAUGCCAUGAGUCUGGCUGCGGCUGUGACCAAAUGUAAACAGAGAGAGGGAUGGUCACACCAGGAUCUGCUCAGGCUCUCACACUCCAAACCAGCUAAUGACGCAAUUGCCUUGAUCAGCAAAUAUGUAACAAAAGGCUGGAAAGACGUCCAGGCUGCAUACGCGGACAAAGAGAACUCGGAAGAGGUUGUCAAAGUGCUUUCGUAUCUUGAAGUGGUGGAGAGGGUCAAACACAGUUGUGAUGAAACAGAGGUCAUCAAUUUAAUAGAGGAACACAAAUUGGAGAGGGAACACCUGCUGACAGACCACCUCAAGUCCAAACAGGUAUGGAGAGCUUUGUUGAAGGAAAUGCCUCUCCAAUCAGUGCUAAGGAUCUUGGGUAAGAUGACCUCCAACAAAAUUCUUGAACCAGGAAGUUCAGAAACACAAGCCGUAUGUGACAGAAUCCAGAGCGAGACAUCACUAAAGAAGGCAAAGAUCCACCCUUUCAGCUUACUCUUGUCGACUGAAAACUACAAAAGAGGCCAAGGCUAUCAGGGUAAGACGAAGUGGGAACCAGACAGCAGCAUCCUCAAAGCAAUGGACUCUGCCUUUUACAAGAGUUUUACAAACGUGGAGCCUGUGGGUAAACGCUUUGUUGUAGCCGUAGACGUGAGCACAUCGCUGAGCAGCAUUGUCCCAGGGACGUCAAUCAGCACCGCUGUCGCUGCUGCAGCUAUCACCAUGAUUUUUGCGAGGACAGAGGCGGACACAGAUGUGCUGGCCUACUCCGAAGGAGCUUUGGUUCCAUGCUCUGUCUCUGCUGAUAUGACUCUCGCACAAGCAACAGUUGAGCUGGUCAAGACCCCGGGUGGGAGCACAGACUGCACCCUUCCCAUGAGAUGGGCCACAGAGAAUGGGAAAGCAGUAGAUGUGUUCAUCAUUCUGACCAACAACCCGUUGUGGACGUUUUCCGCCAGCCCAGUGGAGUCUCUGAAGAAGCACAGACAAAAAUCAGGAGCCAAUUCUAAGUUGGUGAUGUGUGGGCUGACUUCCAUUGGACACGCCAUCGCAGACUCAGAAGACAGGGGACUGCUGAGCAUCUGCGGCUUUGACCUCGGAGCUUUGAGCGUCAUCCGUAACCUCGCCCAGGAUCUGAUCUGACGAAGUGUUGGGACUGUCUCGGAAUCAUGUGGUUAGAGUUCAAAAAGAAGGCACAAAGUGGACCAACGUGGCUCACUUAGCAUGUAGAGUGCCCUAAAACAGCACUAAUCCAAAAGAUGUUGACAUUUACGAUUCCAGUUUCUCGUUUUGUAUAAUGUCACUCACAAGUCAGUUGACAAAGUGUCCAGCGGGCUGGACAACUCUCUGGAAAUGUUAUAUGCAUUUUUGUUUUUUUUGUUUUUUUUUUUGAAAUGUGAAAAGGAAGUGAUAUGAAGACAUGAUAUGUCAUUGCAUAUCAUGCUGUCAAGAGUUUAUGGGCAAACCGCGCUCUGUAUGACGGGCUGUUUAGUGCUUUGAUGGCUCUUGGUGAGACACUAACCCACUGAACAAUAAAUUCCACUCAUUUAUAGCAAGGUGUUCGCAAAUUAAAUAAGAGGAACAGUGUAGGGGUCAGAAUGUUUGAGGCUUAGUGCAACUGUAGGGUUUUUUACAGUAGUUUCUAGUAUGUAUCUACGAUCUGAUUUUAGAAGGUUUGACGUGAUGCUAGAGGCAGUUUAGAUUUGAAGGCCUGUCCCUCUGUGUUAUGUAGCAUUUUUAUAAAUUAUUAAAUAAACAUACAUAAACAUAGUAUAAACAGAUAUACUAUAAGCGAGGGAAACUGAAAGAAAGCACCAAAAGUGGAAAACUGCUAUGUUGUCUGUUGACCUUACAAAUUCUUUGUUCAGAAAAUAUUUUUUGAUAGUAACAUUAAUGUCUAGAGCUCCAUUCCAACUCUUGCCUUUAGUCUAACUACAAUUUGUAGUUGUUGUAUUAACAUCUGUUUUCCCCUAAGCCCAUUUUAUUUUAAACCUGAGUUGUCUGUUCUGCUCUUGUUGAAUUUAUUCUUUAAAAGUAAAUACCCUUGGUGCUCUUAAUAGUUGGGAUUUUCCUUUGUUAAACACUAAUGCCAAUGUUUUGGACUGUAACUCAGAUGAUUGCAAGUGGGAGAAAUGGACUUGUUCUCAUAUUUUCUUCUGAAUUCUAUGCAUUACAAUUUGGAUUUUGCAGUAUUAUUCUGUCCAGGAGGACAAUUCAUAGCUAGUCAUCAACUGUUUACCAAGACUGAAUCUUCGAGCACAGUAAUGUUCCUGUAUUUUUGAUGUAAGAAUGUUUGUUAUGCAAAAACUAUCAGAUAAUUGCUACUGGAAUAAAAUGAAUCGAAUGUACUUUUCUAAACGUGUAACAGUAGAGAUUUAAAGUACACACUGAACUGAACACACACUGCUCGCAGUGUUCUGACCUUAGGGACCAAUUCAUUUUGGCGAAAUGGAAAUGCUGUUUUAGUCAACAGCAGUUGCUGUAAUUGCUGACAGCAUUCACUAAACCUGUCACUCAUCCAUUCUGGUGUAAUGCACUCUUAAUGGCAGAAAAUACAUUUCUGACCAUGUCUAUGGUGAAGGAUUUUUGUCCGAACAUGCCGAUACUGUCAUUUUCAAAAUGACGGUAUUUGUAUAAUAUGAUCAUUGAUAUGAUUGUAGUUCAAAGUCUGACACGAGAGAUAGUUAUUAUGAGGUAUAGUAGUUCACAAGUGUUUUACCACUACGAUUAACAUCUUUGCCAUCAUAUUGUCUGUUGUAUCCAUUUUGCUUACUUGACUGUAGUGGCAAUGAAAACCCCUAAUAAACUCUC